AGCAUGAAUCCCCAUCCUUUUAGCAUCAUCAAAGUCAAAGGCGACAGGCUCUUGUUGGAGUGUAUCUAGGAUGGUAAUGCAGAGAUGAUUGGGCCAAUUGAGUUUGUUGUUGUUUCACUCCCCAAAUAGCCAUAUGUAUGUUUUAUGACCUGCACGCUCAUGGAAUACUAUUUUAUUCUAUUAAUAUCAAUAAUAAAAUAUAUAGAGAAGGAGGACGUGUUAAUCACCACUAAUCCUUUCUGAAGGCAUGGGAUCCACGUUGAACCUGUGAUCCAGCCAUAUAAGUAUGCCAAUCUUGAUGAUCCCUACACCAAAGUCCCAAGGAUUGUUCACCUGCGUUAAAUAUGACUGACUACGCACAAGAAACAUGUCAGGCAGGUGGUGAAAGAAUCCGGGAGGAGUGCUUCGCUGGUGUUGGGAGGAACAGGUCUCAGAUCAUUUUGGAGAAGAAGGAAAGCAUACAAAGCGAGAAGCAGAUUUUGGUCGAUCCAAUCUCUCUAAGAGAAUCAACAAAUAUACAUCCUACAAUGACGUAUCCUGUUACUACAGGACCUAAAACGGAGGUCACGACUGUUCCACUGCAUAAUUUGCUGCCACCGGCUGCAAAGUGUAGCGGUAGAUUCUUGAGUUGCAGCCUUCCCAACUCUGCCUCUUCCUCACCUCGCCUCGGGUCGAAUGUUGCAAUGCACAAGAAGAAAUGUAAAAACCAUCAGGAGCGAGUGUCUGAAUUGGGCCGCCAACACUCAGUGGCCCUCACUAAUCUGGAGCGGCUACGAGAAAGCCGCUUGCGGAGGAGUAAGUCAUGCGGGGAAGAAAGUGCGUGCCGGCCAUCUCUUGACUUUGAUCUAUGGUCCACCACCAAUAAAAUGGACAAUCAGCAGAAGAACAAGGAAAUUGAAGUCAGAGUAGAUGAAGAAAAAGUAAUAUUCCACAAGAAAGGAAGUGAGGAGGCGGGAUUGUACGAAGACAAGUUCAAAUGUGGGGCGUGCUUGUUCCUCCCGGGCUUUGGCAAGGGAAAAACAGUGAGGGCGAGGAAGGAGGUGGAGCCAGAAAGGAUAAUAGGGAAUAUUGACAUAGUUUCUCAGAGAGUGUCUCUAGAGAAAUUUGAAUGCGGGUCAUGGAGAUCAUCGGCCAUCAUAAACUGUGAAGAGGAUGGAGAUACUACGGCCAGUCUUUUCUUCGAUCUGCCAGUGGAGCUGAUACGUUGCAGUAGUGUCAACGACACUGAGUGCCCAGUGACGACAGGUUUUGUGUUCGAUAACAAGGACCAGGAACAUCAUCUUCAUCUUCGGAAAGGGGUUCUGAAACAUUCGACUACAAGCACUGGAAGUGGGCAACCUAGUAGGAAAUCGCACGAAUCCUGUACUUCAUCACGUCAUGUUCGUUUUUCAACCUCCUCUCCUACAUUAUGCCCAGCUUCGCCAACUUCUUCUUGCAUUACGCCUCGCCUCCUCAAAGCCAGGGACGACUUCAAUGCCUUCUUAGAAGCACAGAGCGCUUGACAUUUUUAUGAUUGCCUGAAUUCAUUAUAGCAUGAGUAUUGCCGCUCAUGAUCUUCAAUCCUGGAAUAUUCCUCCUCCCUGUUCCUUUAAAUCUUUGUUUGUAUUUUUCAAUGAGCUGAUGUACUUAUUGACGAGUCGACGUUUUGGUAGUUAGCCUUUGUUUGUACCUUUGGACUGAUAGACCUUGAAAAAACCGAUUUUCAAAUUUUCAGUU